AUGGUUGAUUCUAUAUGUGGAGGAGCUUUUAUGGAGAAAACUCUAGAUGAGAUUUACAAUCUUUAUGAGAAUUUAAGUGAAAAUUCUAGAGAUCAAGUCUCUUUUGAAUUAUAUGACAGGGAUAAGAAGAGAGGAAUUUAUGAAUUGCAUCAUGAUGAUGAUUCUAAACUUAGAAAUGAAGUUAAUCAGAUUAAUCAAAGAUUAAAAAAAAUUGAUUUACUUAUUGACAAUAUUAGAAAGCCUUUUAACCAUCGACUUAAUUUGAGUAGUACAUGUCCUAUGUAUGGUGAAAAUGAUUAUUCUGAAUUUCAAUGUUAUAAUUUAGAUCAAUCAUUUCACCCUAUGCAAGAGCAAGUGCAAGUAGCUCACGAUUUUAAUAGAAAUAGGGAACCUUUUUCAAAUUCUUAUAAUCUUAAUUGGAGGAAUAAUUUUUCAAGGGGAAACCCAAAUAAUAUUCAAAAUCCAGAAGCACUUAGACCCAAUUCAAACUCUAAAUUUCGUCCAAAACAAGAAAAUAGAUUUUAGAAAAAUCAGCCCUCUCAAAUCCAACCUGAUGCUAUGAAAAUGAUGCAGCAAAUGAGCUAAAUGAUGCAACAAACUAUGAAUCAAAUGAUGCUGCACCAGAAACAAAUUAUAGAGGCUCUUGGGAAUAAGAGAGAAGAGGGACAGCUACCUAGUCAGCCCAUAGAAAAUCUAGGGAACCGCUCAACAAUAGGAUUUCAGCAAAGGGAGUCUAGUAGCAUGAAUCUAGGAAAAAACCCACGAAAUGAAAAUAUUAGGACAGUGAAUGCAUUAAGGAGUGGUAAGAUCUUACCUGAUCCUUAUCCCCAAACAUUAGAAGAAAAAGAAAAUGUUGACAAACCAAAACAAAAUUGA